UUUUUCCGACUAUAAAUACAGAAUUCCACGCCUUUGGCCGAAUCAUUUCAAAGCGAGAUAUUGAAAAGAGAACGAAAUCGUGACACAUCGUGUGACUUUUCAGAGUUGUUUGUUGGAUUUAAAUAAUUUUGAGUAUUAAUUGUGCAAUUAAAUUAAGACAAAAUUUUAGUGAGUAAUCGGUCAAGAUGCAGAUCUUUGUGAAAACUCUAACGGGAAAAACUAUCACCUUGGAAGUUGAGCCAUCGGAUACUAUUGAGAAUGUCAAAGCUAAGAUUCAAGAUAAGGAAGGCAUCCCUCCAGACCAGCAGCGCCUGAUCUUCGCGGGGAAGCAGCUGGAGGACGGCCGCACGCUGUCCGACUACAACAUCCAGAAGGAAUCCACCCUCCACCUCGUGCUGCGCCUGCGCGGAGGUAUGCAGAUCUUUGUAAAGACUUUGACUGGCAAAACUAUCACACUGGAGGUCGAGCCGUCCGACACCAUCGAGAAUGUCAAGGCUAAGAUCCAGGACAAGGAAGGCAUUCCCCCAGACCAGCAGCGACUGAUUUUUGCUGGUAAGCAACUUGAAGAUGGUCGUACUCUUUCUGAUUACAACAUCCAAAAGGAAUCCACACUCCAUCUUGUGCUGAGGCUCCGAGGUGGUAUGCAGAUAUUUGUUAAAACACUUACUGGUAAAACGAUCACACUGGAGGUUGAGCCUUCUGAUACAAUUGAAAAUGUAAAAGCAAAGAUCCAGGACAAGGAAGGCAUCCCUCCAGAUCAGCAACGACUCAUUUUUGCUGGCAAACAAUUGGAAGAUGGACGCACGCUCUCUGACUAUAAUAUUCAAAAAGAAUCGACUCUUCAUUUAGUACUUCGUCUCAGAGGGGGUAUGCAAAUCUUUGUGAAGACUUUGACUGGAAAGACAAUCACAUUGGAAGUUGAACCCUCAGACACAAUCGAAAAUGUUAAAGCCAAGAUCCAGGACAAAGAGGGUAUCCCGCCCGAUCAGCAGCGAUUGAUCUUCGCCGGCAAACAGCUGGAAGAUGGCCGUACACUCUCGGAUUACAAUAUUCAGAAGGAAUCGACUCUUCACUUGGUAUUGCGUCUGCGUGGUGGUAUGCAGAUUUUCGUAAAAACCCUGACUGGCAAAACCAUCACAUUAGAAGUUGAGCCUUCCGACACAAUUGAGAAUGUUAAGGCGAAAAUCCAGGACAAAGAGGGUAUCCCCCCAGACCAGCAGCGAUUGAUCUUCGCCGGCAAACAGCUGGAAGAUGGACGCACACUCUCAGACUACAACAUCCAAAAGGAAUCAACACUUCACUUGGUAUUGCGUCUGCGUGGUGGUAUGCAGAUUUUCGUGAAGACCCUGACUGGUAAAACCAUCACAUUGGAAGUUGAGCCCUCUGACACAAUCGAAAAUGUUAAAGCCAAGAUCCAGGACAAAGAAGGCAUUCCCCCAGACCAGCAGCGACUGAUCUUCGCCGGAAAACAGCUGGAAGAUGGACGCACUCUCUCAGACUACAAUAUUCAGAAGGAAUCGACUCUUCACUUGGUGUUGCGUCUGCGUGGUGGUAUGCAGAUUUUCGUAAAAACCCUGACUGGCAAAACCAUCACAUUAGAAGUUGAGCCUUCCGACACAAUUGAGAAUGUUAAGGCUAAAAUCCAGGACAAAGAGGGUAUCCCGCCCGAUCAGCAGCGAUUGAUCUUCGCCGGAAAACAACUGGAAGAUGGACGCACUCUCUCAGACUACAACAUCCAAAAGGAAUCCACUCUUCAUUUGGUAUUGCGUCUGCGUGGUGGUAUGCAGAUUUUCGUAAAAACCCUGACUGGCAAAACCAUCACAUUAGAAGUUGAGCCUUCCGACACAAUUGAGAAUGUUAAGGCGAAAAUCCAGGACAAAGAAGGUAUCCCCCCAGACCAGCAGCGAUUGAUCUUCGCCGGCAAACAGCUGGAAGAUGGCCGUACACUCUCGGAUUACAAUAUUCAGAAGGAAUCGACUCUUCACUUGGUAUUGCGUCUGCGUGGUGGUAUGCAGAUUUUCGUAAAAACCCUGACUGGCAAAACCAUCACAUUAGAAGUUGAGCCUUCCGACACAAUUGAGAAUGUUAAGGCGAAAAUCCAGGACAAAGAGGGUAUCCCCCCAGACCAGCAGCGAUUGAUCUUCGCCGGAAAACAACUGGAAGAUGGACGCACUCUCUCAGACUACAACAUCCAAAAGGAAUCCACUCUUCAUUUGGUAUUGCGUCUGCGUGGUGGUAUGCAGAUUUUCGUAAAAACCCUGACUGGCAAAACCAUCACAUUAGAAGUUGAGCCUUCCGACACAAUUGAGAAUGUUAAGGCGAAAAUCCAGGACAAAGAGGGUAUCCCCCCAGACCAGCAGCGAUUGAUCUUCGCCGGCAAACAGCUGGAAGAUGGACGCACUCUCUCAGACUACAACAUCCAAAAGGAAUCAACACUUCACUUGGUAUUGCGUCUGCGUGGUGGUAUGCAGAUUUUCGUGAAGACCUUGACUGGCAAGACCAUCACACUAGAGGUUGAGCCCUCUGAUACAAUCGAAAAUGUCAAAGCCAAGAUACAGGACAAAGAGGGUAUCCCCCCAGACCAGCAGCGAUUGAUCUUCGCCGGAAAACAANCGAGAAAAGGAUGGUCUAACAAUGUUGGAUCCGAAGGCAUUAUUGAAGACAUUUGA